AUGACGGAUCAAUCGGGCACCCAUCAACAUGCCGGUCCCGACCUCGUAGCAGCAAACGCAGCACUGCUUACAGAAAACCAACGGAUGGCCGAGCUAUUAGCCACCUUGCAGAAUAAAGGUGAAAGAAAAAAUGUUAACAAGGAGGUGAACGCUGACCAACCAGACGAACACCAAUCAAAAUCCAAUGCCAAGACGGAGGAGAGAGCCCCGAAAACAGGGAGGCGGCGAGCUAACCCCUUUUCUGAGGAAAUUAUGAGCUUUAAGAUGCCUCAAAACUUCACACUUCCCAUGACGCUGGUACCUUAUAAAGGAAUCGGAGAUCCUAAGAUUCAUGUUACUAAAUUUGAAUCCAUGAUGUUCCUCAAUAGUGACUCUGACCCCAUAUUAUGCCGAUAUUUUCCUACUUUUUUAGAUGGUGCCGCGCUGUUGUGGUUUUCCAAUUUGCCUGCAGGUUCAAUAACGAAUUUCGACAAUUUCUCCAAGCUAUAUAUUAAUCAGUUCCCGGCCUCCAAGAUUUACGUACGAGACUCAGACUACCUCAGUACUAUCAAGCAGGGACUGCACGAGAGCCUAAAGGAUUAUUUGACCCGCUUUACAACGACAGCUAUGGAGAUUCCCGACCUUAAUCCCGAAGUCCAACUACAUGCCAUAAAAAGCGGCUUGCGCCCAAGAAAAUUCCAAGAAGCCAUAGCAGUAGCAAAGCCAAAGACAUUAGAAGAGUUUCGAGAAAAAGCAACUGGGCAAAUCGAAAUAGAAGAAUUGCAAGAAAACUGGAGGAGUGAAAGGCAGCCGAACAAACGGGACGAGGAUAAGUCAGCCGCCAAAGAUACUAAGAAGCCUUUCAGGCUAACGCCAAAAUACGAUUCGUACACAAGAUUCAACGCCAGGAGAGAAGACAUCAUUAAGAAGAUACUACAUAACAAACUAAUAAAGCCACCAAGCAGAGCCGGCUUGUACCAAGACCAGCAUUAUGUGGAUAAAUCCAAACGUUGUGCCUUUCAUCAGAAGUUCGGCUACACCACUGAUAAAUGUGUGGUCGCAAAAGACCUCUUAGAAAGGCUAGCAAGACAAGGGCACUUGGACAAAUACAUCAGCAACAAAACAAGGGCAACCUCCGACGACCCUAGUGACCGACACCAAGAGCGAGCUUUACACACCUCGGACAAAGCCAAAACCCAACCCCCACCGACCAGGGGAAUCAUCAAUUGCAUCUCUGGAGGAUUCGCGAGCAGAGGCGAAACAAGCUCGGCACGAAAGCGACGUUACAGGGAUAUGUUGACACUCCAGCGGACGGCCGAUGUAUUGACCAGCAAACCGAGAAUACCUAACAUAUCUUUCAAACAAUCAGACUGUCAAACCAACUCAGAUAAUUUGGACGACCCUGUCAUAAUCUCUAUUCAAACAGGGGACCUCCUAGUAAAGAAAGCCCUCCUCGACCCUGGCAGCAGUGCUGACGUCCUGUUCUAUUCAACUUUCAAAAGGAUGAAACUCAGUGAAUGA